CCCAGUUUAAAGAGACCUGUCUUACUGUCAGGUUACCUGAAAUAGUUCAUAGGUCAAGGGCAGGAUUUGAUUUAUACCUUUAACUGCAUUAAAACUGAAUGUUCAAUGUUUAAUCAAGCAAACAUGAGGUCAAACAUGCGAUCUAAUAUUAGGCCUACUGCCUGACUACAGGUAUAAAGGCCUAAAGUUAUAUUUUUAAGCCUCUGUUUAAGUGUAUUUUCUGGUUUAAAGGUCAACUCAGUCAUCAAAAUGUGUGUUUGUUUCUUCAUAGAGUGUCUAUAGGUCUCUUAAGGUGUUGCUAUCUAAGGUGAACUCCUCAAAGAACUGAAUAUUUUCCAUUGACGUCACGUUGGUGUGAAACCUGUUUACCUCGAUGCUAGACCCUCCUCUUCCUGUCACAACAUGCAUUUCCGAGAAAAGGACCACAAGCUGAAAACUUUCCACUCGAUCGAACCAAUCGCUGCUUGUAUGUCCUUUCAUGGUAAAGUACAUCUAGUCAUGAACACGGAAAUACGCAGCAAAGACCUUGUUACUCAAAGACCCAGCUACUCUCUGACAGUCACCAUCAGACCAUCAGACCACCAGAUGGACAGGCUGUGUGUUUCUCUGAUUGCAUUCUUAUGUGCUGUUUCCUCCAGUCAGGAUGGGAUCUCUGCAGCAGAGGUGGAGCUGAGAGUCAGACCAGGAGACAACAUCACUCUCUACUGUGACUGUAACAUAACUUCUGGAGUAUACAUUAUGUGGUAUAGGAACUGUUCUCACAAGUACCAGCCUCCUCUAGUUAUUUCAACUAACUUUUUAAGUUCCAUCUCUCUCCCUGGAUAUAAUGUGGUGUGGAACCCCUCUAACAACUCCUAUGAUCUACUGCUUGAGAACAUCACUGAAUCUGACCUGGGACUCUACUACUGUGGGACUAUGGAGAACAAUGUAGUGGAUGAUGGAGGUAAAGGAGGAAUUAAAUAUAAAGAGUUGUACCACUAUGGAAACAUCACCACUAGGAUUUCACUUGACACCAGUCCUCCUGAGCCCUCCUCCUCCUCCCCUCCUCCUGUAGACUGUGGUCUGUGUUGGAUGUUGCUGUUCAGUCUGUGUCCUGUGUCUGCUCUCCUCUCCUCUCUCCUCUCCUCCACCUGUGUCUACUCCUUCUGCAGAACAACAGCAACAACUGAGACUCAGGUUCCUCUGAACAGGACCACCACCAGGGGAAGUGGCAGCAGAGAGGAGACUGCAGUCAAAGAGGAAGGAGACCUGUGUUACGCCUCGUUAGAUAUCCGUCAAGGACAGAGGAGACCAAAGAAGAAGAAGAGAGUCCAGAACUCUGACUUCAGUACCUACUCAGCCAUCAAUACCAGCAGAGUGUGAGACAUAUACCAGCCUUCAGUACCAGCAGAGUGUGAGACCUAUACCAUUCAUCAAUACCAGCAGAGUGAGACCUAUACCAUCCAUCAAUACCAGCAGAGUGUGACCUAUACCAGCCAUCAAUACCAGCAGACUGUGA